AAAGAUAAAGAUGACUAAAUUGAGAAAAUGUGCUUCAUGUAAAAGAGUUCAAAGUACACCAAACUAAAAAAAAACAAACAGAUCGUUGCAGACUGCAAGCAAAUUAAGCUCGAUUCGGAAAUAAGGCAGGAAAAAAUGAAAAUAAAGUAAGAACAACUAACAAACGAAUUACAUAUAACUUUUAACUAUUUAUCUAACAAUUUGAAAAAGUGUUUAUUGUUUGAUGGCUACUUGGAUAUAGGAACAAUUUAGUCCGCACAUUAAUGUUUUGGUUAUUUGAAUUAAACUCUAUAUUGGGUUUGGGAACGAUUUCAUUUGUUGUGCUAAAUGUGAUAGAGAUUCAGUGUCCCAAAAAAUAAUCUGUCUAUCAUCUGACAAAGAACAUGGACCACGCCAUUCUGCACUGGAAAUUUCAUUCUGCUUCAUUCAUGAUAAAUUUUAAAAAAUGAAUAUUGUUCACUGAAAUUUUAGGUUCGAUGAAAUUUAUCUGAUACAAUCAAACUUGUAGUUUUGUAAAAAAAGUACAUGAUUGCAAUGUUAUACUCAAGUUUAGUGUGCAAUUUUAACAAUUAUGCCCCGAGCAUAAAGCAUUAUUAUUAGUAAUUAUUGACCGAUAACAUUGAAACACCGUUGACUACAACAUGAUGUAAAAAUAUACAGAGUGUUUUGCACGGUAUUAAUAAUUACUGCGUGAGCGCGAAAAUGGUUCAUUCGUUGUAGGUAGCGGACAUAUUAAUACCGUGGCUGAUUUUGAUGACACCAUUAUCUAAUUCCGCCCAUCCAUAUUAAAAUAAGCGACACAAACAUAGCCAUUUAAUACCGAUAAUGAAAAACUAAAUAGGAAGUGAAUGUUUGUUUACAUUAGAUCAAUAAGCAUGAUCCGAUAUAGAAGACAGUUUACUAUAAGAAUAUUAAUUUCCUAAUAGCCCCCCAUAAGCGUAAUUAACAUUAAGAAAACGCUAAAUGCCCCGGAUGAGAAGCCAUCGACGAUCAUUGUAACGAUUCUGGUUAAGAGGCGAUGAAUAAUAACAAAAUGACUAUACACAUGACUAAUUCCUCAUUUAACAAAACGCUGAUACUCGAGUACCCGGUACAAUGGAAAACAGAAUGACAAUUUGCCGUGUUGUGGCUCGUUCCAACUACCGUAGUUUAACAGAGCUAAGAGCUUCCCGAGCGAUGAGCUUUUUUAUUGGCUUCAAUUAGUGUUAAUUUUUGACCAUCCUGUGGGUGAUUACUCUUGAAAGGGAGCACCCUCGUUCCGGGAAGAUUUAUGAAGUGCAUUGCUGAAACAGUCGGUGAAUCGGACGCGGUUUUUGUGUCGUAAACCCGGUAGUUUUAGUGUUUGCUUCGAAAAAGAUUCAAAUCCUGGACUUUUCCGUGAGCCAAAACAUGGAUGAUGGCACUAUCAACCGGUCGCACUUCUCGGAGCUCGUCAGAUAUUCCCGGCCAAUGAUGACAGUGGCCGGGACAUUCACAGUGAUCAUCAUGAUAGUGGGUGUCUUAGGCAAUCUUCUCACCCUAGUGGCUCUUCUUCGACAUUCCAAAAUCAGAACAGUGGCUGCUGCUUUCAUUGCCAGCCUCUGUUUGUCAGAUUUGCUCUUCUGUUUCCUGGUGCUGCCGUUCUCCGCCAGCCAGUUCUUCCAUGGAACGUGGAUUCAUGGAGAUGUUCUUUGCAAGAUGAUUCCUACCUUGAGAUAUGGAACCAUUGGGGUUUCAUUGCUCAGUAUAGCCAGUAUAUCGAUAAAUAGGUAUAUUCUAAUUGCUUGGCCGCAAUGCUACGCAAAAAUCUACACGAAAACGAAAGUGAUUUUGUACAUUUCACUUAUUUGGGUAUUCAGUUACGGUUUACAAGUUCCCACUUUGCUUGGACAGUGGGGCGUGUAUGGAAUGGAUGAGAGAUUGGGGACUUGCUCAAUUAAACCAGAUGCUAAUGGAUCAUCUUCGAAAACUGCCCUUUUCAUCAUAGGAUUUGCACUGCCUUCAGUGAUUAUUGUCUUGUGCUAUUCCAACAUCUUUUGGGUGGUGAGACAGUCUCACAAACGACUGGCCCAACACAGUUCCAACGGCAGCAAAUUUAAACGAAGCGAAAUGAAGAUUACCAAAAUGGUGCUGGUGAUCUUCAUUUGCUUCGUCGUCUGCUAUCUUCCGAUUACCAUCGUGAAGAUAUUCGACACGAGGGUUGAACAUGCUCCACUGCAUGUUUUGAGCUAUUUGCUGAUUUAUUUGGCCAGUUGCGUCAAUCCCGUGGUUUAUGUUACGAUGAAUAAGCAGUACAGAUACGCUUAUCUAGAGACGUUAAAGUGCAACUAUAAUAGCAACUUGGACUCAACAACACCAGCACCCACACCAACAAAAACGCAUGGAAUGUCUGUGGCUUAUUUGAAAAAUAUGGUGAAUCAGUCUCCAAAAGUAUAAAAAAGCAUUGAAGAAAAUCUGACAGUAUUAAUUUAUUUCGGUCGCGUAACUCGAAUAUUUGGGAUUAUUUCAAACCCAUGGGUUUUUCGAUAUAGGAAAUGUGAAUGAUUCACGAAUUCUUGAGAACGAAGGCCUUUGCUUUCACAAAUGGUGUACAAAUUGAAAAAAAACUUCUUAGUUGAAAACUGUACCAAAGCUGAUCUAGUUGCCAAGAAGACUACAGUAGAUAUGUAAGGAACAUGCCAUUAUUAUGUGAUAAUAUUGAUAUCAAGAAUCGUUUUAUGAUAUUAGGCAAUAGAGAUGUUAGGAAAGUAACGUGUAAUUAAUACAAUAAACUAAAUUAUAGUUGUAAAUAUAUAUGGUUGGAGCAAAAUGUCUUGAUAAUACAAAAUAUAUUUCGUAAAAAUUAAGGAAGUUAUUGUACGUGUUUCUCGUUCAUGUUUAGACCUAAUAAGUUCAUUGUAUAAAAUGAUGUAUUCUAGUUGUUUAACUUAAUAAGUACGGUACAAAAUUUAUUGAUUAAGGUUGGAACCUUACAUUAAGGUGUUUGUUUUGUAAAUAUUAUAUGUAAGUUUUUACUCUUUGGUUACCUUUUUCAUCUACCAAAUAUACCUAUAUUUAGUUUGGAUGAUUAUGCGUUUUUUCCCAGAAUAAAAGUUUGAUUUUCUUUAAA